CCUCUGUUACAAUCUACCAGCUAAGUUUUGGCCAAGGGGUUUGUGCAGCAUGGCAAGGCCUGAAGUCUUUCAUCAGAGGUAUUUGUGAGCACUUCAUCCUUUACAAAGACCUGACAGCAUGAAAAACACCUCACAGUGCAUAAGGCGAACCGUUGUGCUUUCCACAGAGCUGAGCUUUGAGUGCUUCGGAGGAAAGGCCUGCACACCACACAGAACAGCUGCACCACUGGGAGGAGUUUCCUGCAUAGAAGAAUAAGUAUCACUUUUCUGCCAACAAAGCAUUAUCAUCCCUUUCAAACUUACAAGCAGGCUUCAAAGAGAUUGUCCAAUUACUACAAAAAUUUAACUGGAAACAUGUAUCAGCCCUCACUCCCCAGCUAAGGGGUGAGGAAAGAGUGCUAAGGGCAGGCUUGUAAAGGCAUGUCAUUAUGUGGUAGUGUCACCGAAAUCGGGAAUAAACCUUGUAACACCAAUGUAGUGUUAAAAGGCAGGCAUUCUUUAUUCACGGCGCCGGAUACACGGGGGAUCGCUCCUCCUAACGUGCAUAACUUACACACCUUUCCCUUGUGAUUUAUAUAGACCAAAAAUAUACAUAUUCGAUAUUAUUCUCUUUGGUGAUUGGAACAAACUUGCUCGCUUCACAUGUAAAUUACUGCACAGGCUCAGUUGUCCUUUCCCAUUGUUCUCUUCUGAGUAGGUGGUAUUACUUGGGUUGGUGGUCUGUGAGUCAGUGGUCGCGAUUUCCCCCUGCCGGAAUUACCUUUUACCUACUUGGUUCUUAAUCUUGGCAGUCCUGGCCAGUUUUCUCAGUCCACUACAUGAAACCACAUUUUAUCAUCCUUUUCUGACAGAAGCACAUUGUCUAUUGUUUCGUUCACAUUAAUGAUUACCUAGGGACUAAAAUACAGAUCAAAGAAUACACUGAUUGGUAUACUCCAUGUCCCCAGGCUUAACGUCCAGUUGGAUAGGGCUGUACAAGGAGUAUAGCAACAGCCAUGGUUGAUUAAUUCCAUCACUCUGGUUACAGUAGCAACUGCGGUCAAGCUAUAUUUUUUUCCCUUUCCUUUUACAUCACCCCUCACCAGCGGAGCCUGCCGCUGUGCUCCGUCAUUGGCUGCAGGCGGAGCCUCUGUCUGCAGGAAAAGAAGGAGAAAGGAAGACAGCCCCAAAGAAAAAGAAGCAGUGGCGGAGGGCCCAUGAGGAGAGGAGAAGCCAUGCACAAGAAAAAGCUGAGAGGCAUGUAUAUAUCUAAGAAGGCAUUAAAGCAUCAUUUUGACCCCCGUGAGGCUCCACGGGACACAUACCUACUAUGCAAACUGCGGUGGGGUGAGACCGGCACGCUUUGGAUACACUGGGUCAAAAAUGACCGUUACCAUGCUGAAGUCUACUUCUUGGAGAAGAUCUUUAAAAUGAGAAGAACCAAUAAUUAUGUUAACUGUUCCAUCACCUGGUACUUGUCCUGGAGCCCUUGUGAGGAGUGCUGCUGUAAAAUACUGAAUUUCUUAAAGAAGCACUCAAAUGUGAGCAUAUGUAUAUAUGUAGCACGGCUUUAUCACAUAGAAGAUGAAAAAAUCCGCCAAGGUCUGAAGAACCUUGUGAACUUCACGAAAGUAACUGUUGCUGUCAUGGGAAUUGAAGACUAUACUUACUGUCAGAAAACCUUUCUCCAAGGAGCUGCUGGUGAUGAUUCCUGGACUGAGGACUUUCAAUCAGAGAUAACUAGGAAUUGUUUGAAGCUCAAGGACGUCUUUAAGGAUCUUCCAUCACAGAAUCAAAGAAUCAUAGAGUAUCUCAAGGAUGCAGCUUGCAUCAGGACACAAAAUAGUCGUGUCACAAAACCAGAGGAAACUCCAUCACCCAAGAGGCCACAGACAAAUCCAGAAAUAUCCAUGGCUGCUGUCACUGAUAGAGAUCCCGCACCCAGAGAGAACAACCAAAGGUGGAAGAUACAGCCAAGUGACUUUAAAAGAAAUUAUUCGCCUUGCCAACAUCCAAAGGUGGUGUACCUGCUGUAUGAGAUCAGGUGGAGAAGAGGUGCCAUCUGGAGGAGCUGGUGCUCAAACAAUUCUACCCAACAUGCUGAAGUCAACUUCUUGGAAAAUUGUUUCAGGGCCAUGCCAUCAGCUUCUUGUUCCAUCACUUGGGUCCUAUCUACUAGCCCCUGUGGGAAAUGCUCCAGAAGAAUUCUGGAGUUCCUGAGGGUACAUCCCAAUGUGACCUUGGAAAUAUAUGCAGCCAGGCUGUUCAAGCACCUGGAUACACGUAACCGGCAAGGUCUCAGGAACCUGGCAAUGGAGGGAGUCGUCAUACGUAUCAUGAAUCUUGCAGAUUACAGUUACUGGUGGAAAAGAUUUGUUACAUACCAACAUGGAGAAGAUGAUUAUUUUCCCUGGAGCUUCACUUCAUACAUCUUUCUGAAUUCGAUAGAGCUCUGUCAUAUCCUUUUGGGGCUUCCUCCAUUUCUGGCAAACUUUGAAUACUAACAAACAUCAGCAGCAUGAUUUCAAGCUCACUUUGUGCAUCCUAACAUUAUUUACAAGACUGGAAAAGCCAGUCCAUGGCAGUCUUCCUCCCUACAGCCUUGAACUAUGAGUUUCAAUACUGUCACCAAAGAAGACUCUUAUCACUGGCUGGACAUUGCUAAGUAUUGGGCACAGCAGAAGGAGCACAUGAGAAAACAUCAGGAAGUUUGGAUGAUGCAGCCAGGCAGCCAGGACACAGUGAACUCAGUAUUCAGAAGGCUUCCUGAGAGUCCAGUGGGGAUGGGGACUAGGCCCCAGGAUCAGGCCUUUCAUGUCUGCUGAUUCUACAAUCAGAUUCUGUGAGUACCCUCUUGAGAGGCCAGGGAGUAACAUUUUUCCUGCUCUGAUCUAUUCCAGAAAAGUAAUCAGAGCAAUGCAUUCUGAUUUUGAGAAUUUCUUAUGAAGAUCAUUUUUAUGGCUAUGUGUGUAUGUUUCAGAAAUUACUUCAUGCUACUAGUAUUUAUGUAAUAUUAUUAUAUUACUGCUUUUAUUAAAAUAUAAUACAAUUAUAUUACUAAGGAUUAUAUUGUUUCAUUUUAAGGUUUUAUUCUCCCUGUUUUUAUGACUGUAGAAACAACAGAAUA